UACUGAACCGUGGGCAGCAACAUUGGGGUUUCCAGAGAUGGCAGCGGCGUUGUACAAGUUUCCAAAUUUACCAAAGUACCUCUGGGUCCAUGGGUACACGACGAGACACCUGAGAGACAAAACAAGAGGGCAGUUACCGAAGUCUUCUUCCAACUCUGAAAACAUGAGUCUCUCUGCCAAGGACAAAGAAACCGUCAAAGCCUUCUGGGCUAAAGCAGCCCCAAAGGCUGAAGACAUCGGUGCUGAAACUCUGUACAGGAUGUUGACUGUUUACCCCCAGACAAAGACCUAUUUCUCUCACUGGAAAGACCUGAGCUAUGGCUCUGCCCAGGUGAGGAAGCACGGAAAGACUGUCUUGGGUGGUGUAGGAGAAGCUGUCAGCAAAAUCGACGACUUGACCAAUGGCUUGCUGAGCCUGAGUGAGCUGCACGCUUUCCAGCUGCGUGUUGACCCAGCUAACUUCAAGAUCCUGGGCCACAACUUGCUCGUUGUUCUGGCCGCCACAUUCCCUGAUGACUUUACUGCUGAGGUGCACGUGUCUAUGGAUAAGUUCCUUGCUGCCGUGGCCCUGGCUCUCUCUGAGAAGUACCGAUAAGCAGCUCUGCAGGCAGCUGAUGGACACGCGCGAUCUGUCUUUCACAGAUCCAGUUACAUGUCCUUGGUUGAUUUCAAUAAAUGCCUGCUUUAAAAAAAUAUA